AUCAGUUAGGUGCACUUCCAGUGAUACAUAGUACGCACCAGAGUAGGUUAUGUGACAAGUUCAUUUUUCGCGAUUUAAAUAACGACCAACAUGUCAAUUAUAAACUUUAUAUUACAAUUAGUAUUGGUGGUACCAGUUCUUAGUCAUGUGGUAAAGGUUCCCUCUUCGCUAACUAACAAAAUCGACGAAGGCUUUAAUAUAUCUGUCAUUCAUCUUAACGAUUUUCACGCAAGAUUUGACGAGGUAAACCAAAAUUCUGUGACAUGUGCAAAUGGAGAAAGUAAUUGUAUUGGUGGCAUUGCAAGAGUGUACUCAGUUGUGACGCAACUACUUCAAGAAAGACCAAAUUCAAUUUUUCUUAAUGCCGGUGACAAUUACCAAGGAACGUUGUGGUACAAUAUUUUUAAAUGGAACGUUACUCAAGAAUUUCUUAACAGAAUUCCAACAGAUGCCUACACGAUUGGAAAUCAUGAUUUUGAUGAUGCUAUAGCCGGUUUGGUACCGUUUCUUAAAAUGCUAAAUGCACCUGUUGUGGUGGCUAAUAUUGAUGCCAGCGAUGAGCCAGAUAUGCAAGGCUUGCUCAAUAAAAGUAUUGUCAUCAAUAGAAAUGGUAUUAGAAUUGGCAUUAUAGGUGUUAUCCUACAAACCACUCCGUCCAUGGCAGCUACCGAAAACCUCAAGUUUCUGCCAGAAUCGGCAUCAGUUAAUGAAGAAGCUGACAGACUGGUCGCCAACGAUUUGGUGGAUACCAUAAUAGUGGUGUCACAUUGCGGUUAUGAACGAGAAAUUGCUAUAGCGAGGAAUGCCACUUCGAAAAUUUCUUUAGUCGUCGGUGCCCACUCACACACAUUUCUUUACACAGGUAACGACAGUCCAGGUCCUGACACUCCCGCUGGCGAUUAUCCAACAGUAAUAACACAAUCUGAUGGCAGAAAAAUUUUGGUAGUACAAGCGUCAGCGUAUACGAAGUACUUGGGUAAUAUAACAGUGUUCUACGACAAGAACGGAGACGUCGUUGAAUGGGAGGGAGCACCAAUAUUUUUGAAUGCCAGUUAUAAAAAAGAUGAAACAAUUGAGAACGCGCUGCAGCCAUGGAAGGAAAUUAUAGACAGUUAUGGUAGUGUUGUUGUUGGUGAAACUUUGAUAAACUUACCAACCUCGUGUUACUCGGGGGAAUGUGUCAUGGGAAGUUUUGUAGCAGAUGGAUACGCUGCAAGUUACAAAGGAGCAGAUUCAACUCAAGGAAAAUAUCCGCCGUUAGGAUUUAUUAAUGCGGGAGGAGUACGUGCUUCACUCUCAGCAGGAAGAAUAACAUACGCGAACGCUGCUGAAGUUCAACCCUUUGGAAAUACUUGCGAUUAUGGUCACAUUCGGGGAAGCGAUCUUCAGAGAGCUCUGGAGCAAACAAACAGAGGUGGAUUUCUUCAAGUGUCAGGCUUGAGGUUGAAUUACACUUCUUCCUCUGCACGCAAUCUACUUUCAGCAGAGGUGUACUGUGCACGAUGUGAAACACCUGGUUACGUACCUUUGGAUUAUAAUGAGACUUACAUUGUAGUUUUUCCGUCCUUUUUCAAAAAUGUGGGAAGAUUCAGUGCACUUUACAGUAAUAUGGAGGAUUAUACAAUUGGUGAAGAAGAUAUAACAGCGUUUGUCAAUCACAUCAACAAUAGCAGUCCAAUAACGAAUGUAGAAGCGGGAAGAAUUAAUUUUGUUUCAGAUUGGGAUUCAGGAUCUGGAUCUAGGAUCAUGCCAUCGACGGUCAUUAUUUUUCUCAGCAGCUUUGUGAUAUUUAUUGUAAGAACUUUUAGUAAAAGUAAAUCAAUAUGAUAAAUCUAAC